AUGCUAAUUCUGAUACAGCUUCAAGAGGUCUAUAACGUCCUGAUUGAUCCAGAGGAGCGCUCGUCAUACGAUGAUAAAGUCCUCCAGACCUACAUGCGGUGGCUUGAGUGCAGAAUGGAACGCAUCACGUCUUGCCUGGCCUGUGAAACCGACCUCGACACAGCGCAGAAGACAGAGCUUUCGGCUCUUGAAGAUCUUCCAACCCACCUUCAACUCGAGUUAGGCAGUGUUACCAAGUUGAUCACAAACAGCAAGAGUCCUUCUUCAGGUCGCACCCCAAGCGACAUUCGGAUAUGCAGAGACGGCGGGCUCAACAAAGCUAAGGAACGGUUCCAAAUUGCUGCCGCGGAAGCCGCUUCGUUGGAAGAGAGCAGGCUAGCUGUCUUCACAAGUCUAAACUACAGCACGACUCACUGUAACAAUUUGAGAUACGAACUCACAGGCGACUCUGAGGCUUGGGGGAAUGGGUGGGAUAAGCAUGCAGGCCAGGAUCGAAUGACCCUUAAAAAGGAGCUUGAGCAGAUGAAGACCGAAAUCGGGGUCAUGUCAUUGAAAAGGAAGGAGAGAGAUCUCGAGGCUGCAUUGUCAGAGCUAACGAGUGUUAGGGAGGAACUGCUACGUUGCCAGGUAGUCAAUGCUGUAUAUGCUGUGAGGGAAACAGUGAUGAAGCAACGGAUUAUGGAGCUGGAAAGGCAAAACUUGAAGCUGGCCAACACAGCUACCCUCCUGAAUACUGCGAGGGCUCAGCUGAUCAGCAAGGACAUGACACUCAAGACACUUGGCGCCGAGAACACGAAGCUCAAGAAGGUGGUGUCGGAUUACAACAACAGUAUGGGCAUACUUGAGACUAGCUUUCAGAAGGUCAAGGAGACUACCAACAACUUGGCGAUUGGAGCGCUGCUUUAG